CUAUAAGGCCGGCUGUAAAUGUUUCAGAAACUGGAAAUAUUAGCGCGAUUUUAGCGAGGUCCAAUCGCAUAAAAGAUACUCGCCUUUGGUCCACAAGUUUGUGUUUCCAUGAAGCUGCUAAAACCCGCAUGGGUCCAUCACGAUGAAAAGCAAAUAUUCUCGGUGGAUAUCCAUCAGGACUGUACAAAGUUCGCCACCGGCGGGCAGGGCAACGAUUGUGGUCGAGUGGUUAUCUGGAAUCUAAAGCCGGUGCUCAGUGAGAAGGAUGAGUUCGAUGAGACAAUACCGAAGAUGCUAUGCCAGAUGGACCAGCACCUGGCGUGCGUCAACUGUGUGCGAUGGUCACAGAACGGGGUGUACCUGGCCUCUGGCUCCGACGAUAAGCUGAUCAUGAUUUGGCGCAAAAUCACUGGAUCCAGCGGUGUGUUCGGCACCGGGGGCAUGCAGAAGAACCACGAGUCGUGGAAGUGCUUCCACACGCUGCGCGGCCAUGCUGGCGACGUCCUGGACCUGGCCUGGUCCCCCAAUGACAUCUAUUUGGCCAGUUGUAGCAUCGACAACACUGUCAUCAUCUGGGAUGCCCAGGCCUUUCCCUCGAUGGUGACCACGCUGAAGGGCCACACGGGUCUGGUAAAGGGGGUGUCUUGGGAUCCAGUUGGAAGGUUUCUUGCCUCACAGUCCGACGAUCACAGCAUCAAAAUGUGGAAUACCAUGGACUGGACGCUCUCGGAGACCAUCACUGAGCCGUUCGAGGAGUGCGGCGGCACGACGCAUAUUCUGCGCCUCUCCUGGUCGCCGGAUGGCCAAUAUCUGGUCUCGGCCCAUGCCAUGAACGGUGGCGUACCCACCGCACAGAUCAUAGAGCGCGAGGGCUGGCGGUGUGACAAGGAUUUUGUGGGGCAUCGCAAGGCCGUUACCUGUGUACGCUUCCACAACUCUGUGCUGAUCCGGCCGAUGUCCGAUGGCCUCAAGCAGCGGCAGUACUGCUGCCUGGCCGUCGGCUCCAGGGAUCGUUCCCUCUCCGUCUGGAUGACUGCUCUGCAGCGGCCGCUGGUUCUCAUCCACGAACUGUUCGAGGACAGCAUCCUAGACCUAUCCUGGGGACCCGACCAGUGCCUGCUGAUGGCCUGCAGCGGCGACGGUACGGUGGCUUGCCUGCAGUUCACCGACGAAGAGCUUGGCCAAAGGCUCUCAGCGGAGAAGAUGGACGCGCUGUUCAUGAAGCGGUAUGGCGAAAUGUAUGGCGCCGGUCUAGGCUUCGGCAACAAGACGAUUGUGGAGAUAUCCGAUCAGAGUUGUAAAUACCAGUCAGAGUCGUCGGCCAUGCAAACGGCGCCGCUGAACUUCCCCCUGCCCAAUGCCGCCCUGGAGCGACGAACGGCCUCCACCGCUCAGCGACCCAUCAGCAAGCAGACCGAGACACGGACAAAGGAUGGCAAGCGAAGGAUUACGCCCAUGUUCAUACCGCUAAACGAGGAAGAACGGGCACCAGCAAUCGCCUCCAGCAGUGGAGCGCCCACAGCAGCUGCAGCAGCAACAGCAGCGGCAGCGAUAGAGGGACCGCAUGCCACUACGCCCACGGAGUGCGCCGUCACGCCACGAAUGCCCGAAGCGCUUGUGUCGGCGGGACGCAAGACGACGCCGUCGCAUCGCCGCCAAUCGAUGCCCUUCGAUCCCAGUCAGCAGGCGGAGUUUCCACGCUCGCCCAAGACCCCGGACGAGCAUCAAGGGACAACGAUGGGUCCGAAACUCAAUAUCACUGCCACGGCCAAGAGUGAGUUCGUGAAGACUGCCCUCGAUUAUAGGCUGCUCGUGCAGAAUGGGCACCUGAAGACGAGUCACGGGAUGCUGGCCAAGGUGACGGCCAGCAUCGACGGGGAGUUCCUCUGGGAGUUCUAUGUGGGCUCGCCGGUGGUGAAUGUGAAUCUCUGCGCCAAGUAUUGCAUGCUCUGCUCCCUGGACGGCAGCAUGCGUCUGAUAUCGAUGGAAACGGGUUGCCACGUCUUCCCAGCCAUUGCCCUCUCCAGCUCGGCUGUACAUUGCGCCUUUAGUCCCGACAACAGUCUGGUGGGAGUGCUCACCGAAUGCGGCCUGUUGCGCAUCUGGAAUAUUGCGGGGGCGACCAUUAGCUUGGCCGCCGGCUGCAAGGAGCUGCUCAUCAAGCACGGAGCGGUCGUCCAGUUCUCGGUGACGGACCAGGGAAUGCCACUGAUUGGCUUCCCCAACGGCAACUCGUACUCGUACUCGACCAGCCUCGAGUCGUGGCUGGUGCUGGCCACCAAGGAUGCGAUCAUGUACCAUGGCAUCAGGGGCACUCUGCCCCGCGAUGAGGAUCUAGUGGCGCGGAAAUUUCCGCUGCUCAGCAUGCAGGCCAGUAGCCAGAACUACUUUGUGCUUGGCAGCGGCAUGGAACUGAGAAAACUGGAGAGCUGGCAGCAGACGGCGAAAAUCCUGUUCAUCGACAAUCAGAUCAAAUUGUGCGAGGCCCUGCAAUCGACGGAUGAGCUGAAGCACUGGCACACGAUGCAGGCCCUCCAGUUGUCCGCCUAUGGAUCGGAGAAGCGUCUGCGCACGUUCCUCGAUGAGCUGCUCUCGAAUUCGGACACGGGCAUAGCAACGUUCGCGUCGAAGCAUGAGCUGGCUCAGUGCGUGCUGGACACGUUGAAGUCGCACGGACAGUGGAGGCGCUUGCAUACCGAGUACACGGAGCUCUUGAAGUUCAGUCGGAAUCAGCGCAUUGAGGAUAUCUUUGCCACGCCCGCACCGCCACAGCCGCGAUCGGCAUCACCUAGCCCGCCACAUCCGCCGCAAACGGUGUCCCCCAGUCCGCCCCGAGUGCCCCAGACGGUGUCACCCAGUCCGCCACGAGUGCCCCAGACGGUGUCCCCCAGUCCGCCACGACUGCCCCAAACGGUGUCACCCAGUCCCCCACGUCUGCCACAAACGGUGCCACCCGGUACCCUACAAUCGGGAACUGUUUCACUAGGCCAAGUCACAACCAGCCCGCCACAGCUGCAGAAUGUAUCGCCCAGUCCGUCACAGGGGCAGAGUGUAUCACCAAGUCCUGGAACAGUGUCCCCCGGCACCGCACACUCCGGAACAGAGUCAUCCGGCACGCCGCCUGGUCAGGUGCUGGCGCAGACUCUGACAACCAGUCCGCCGCAGACGCACUUUGUGUCAUCCAGUCCGUCACAGUCUGGAACCGUGUCGCCGGGCACCCCACAAUCGGGAACAGAUUCCCCACAGUCCCCCAGUCCGAUAUUUCCCUAAAAAGCUGAGCUGCCACAGCAGGAGCUCGCACCAGCUGCUACUUCCAUCAACAGAAAGAUAGAUUAGGAUCAGGAGAGCAGGAGAGCAGGAGACUUCAUGUUUAAAUUAUGUAAGAUUAUGUGAGUGAUUUUUAAGCGUAUUCCCCAUUGUACAGUCGUCCAGCCUAGAUAGAUAGCAUAAGAUGGAAAGUAUUAGUCAUGUAUGUGUGUUUUUAACAAAAUUAAUUUUUUAAAUUUGCCAACCAAUAAAACAAAAAUCUC